GAACGCCCAAGGACGUGACGUUGGAAAGGGAAGUUACCAAAAUCCAGGACAUCCGUGCUUGAUCUAAAAACAACAAAAACGUUUUUUGGACUUAUUGUGGGUAAAUUGAAAUUCAGUCGACUAAUUGCAGCACUAUAUUAUUUGUGAGACCAACGUGGAGGGGGAAGACUGCUGACUUUCAGGGUAACGUUAGCAGUACACGUUUUCAAUAGCUAGCUAGCUAAGUUAGCUAACUGCACACACGUGUGAAUCGGUGCCUCAGAUCAUAGCACUAGACUGAGGGACGUGUAUCGCAUCCCACCAGUCACCAUGGCAGAGGAUACGUUGAUGUUGAACCUCUCGUCUGACUCAGCUCCAGCAUGUCACUCGAAGAGUUAUCAGAGACCAACGUCUCAGGAGAAAUGGGCUUUGAAAAAAGCACAGAAACGAAAAUACUCAGAAAUACAGAAAGGGUUACCUAAUAAACAGUUCAAUGGGCCUAAGACCAAGGACCAACAGCCCCCCCGAGGACAUGGAAGAAGAGAAUGUACCAACCCAUAAAACCCCUGUCCGAAAGCCAGCACCAAAGGAUGCAGCCAAAGCCUUGUCCCCUGAGACUCCAAAACCAGCCCAGAGAUUCAAAGCCCAGACAAAAAUGACUCCAAAAAGAAAACAUGUUGGGGAACACAGAGGAGAGGACAGUGUGUUCAUAAAGACUUCGUCCCUCUUUAGAAAUAACCCAGAUAUCCCAGACGUCCACAGGCCUGCUGUGACCCAGCUGAAGGAGAAAGUCUUCACCAGUGACUCAUUUGCGGAGCUGGACCUUCACCCCCACCUGGUGGCGACGCUGACCAAAGUGCUGAAUGUGACCACUAUGACCAGUGUCCAGAAAGAGACCAUUCCUGUCCUCUUGUCUGGUCAAGACGCUGUCGUGCGCUCUCAAACAGGAUCGGGUAAAACUCUUGCCUACGGGAUACCGCUUGUUCAGUCUUUACAAGCAGUGGAACCAAAAAUUAAGAGAGGGGAUGGGCCUCUUGCUGUCAUCGUGGUCCCCACCAGAGAGCUGGCCCAGCAGAGCUUUCAGAUCUUCCAGAAGCUCCUCAAGCCUUUCACAUGGAUCGUGCCUGGAGUCCUGAUGGGGGGGGAGAAGAGGAAGGCAGAGAAAGCCAGGCUGCGUAAAGGGAUUAACAUUCUGAUCACCACGCCAGGCCGACUGGUGGACCACAUCAAGAACACGCUGAGCAUAGCCUUCAGCGCUGUCCGGUGGCUCAUCCUGGACGAGGCUGACCGGAUUCUGGACCUGGGCUUUGAGAAGGAUCUGACAGUGAUCCUUAAUUCAUUGAAUGCCACUGGACCUCCCAGGCAGAACGUGCUCCUGUCUGCUACUCUUACAGAUGGUAAGCUGCCCAAGUGUCUCGAAUAA